AUGAGGAUCGCCGAAAUUUCAUCGCCGGAUGUCCGGCAAACACCGUCACCGGAUCCAAUUUCCGAACUACUCUGCAAGUUAGAAGCAUCAACAACAGAAAUCGAACGGAUCUCACCGGGAUCUCCGUUACCGGAAUCCUUAAACCCUAACCUCCGUCACGGACUGACUCAAUUAGCGUCCCUCGCGCCGUUGCAGAACUCCGUUAAGCUUCAGAUAUGGAAGCUGAGUUACCGAUUAUGGAACGCGUGUGUCGAUUUAUCGAAUUUCGUCCGAUCAUCAUCGAGUAAAAUUACCGAAGAACACGCGAAACUCCGGCAAGUAUCGGCGGACCUUCUGUUUCUAGCUGCUGACGUGUCAGGUAUACCGUCUCCGUAUUUUAAAUGCGCUUCGUUUUAUUAUAAAACUGGUAUGAUAUGGCAUGAGCUUCGCAAGUAUGAUUUAGCUAGUAAUUGUUAUGAGAAAGCGACUGAUUUGACGAAUAAAGUCGAGAUUAGCGAUGUGACGGAUCGUGAUGAGCGUAGGUUAGUUUUGGAUUUACAUAUCGCUAGAGCGAAAACAUGUUGGGAGGUAUUGGAUUAUACUUUAGCUGUUAAUUUGUUAAAUAGGUCGAAGAGAUUGUUGUUUGGAAAUGCUGAGAGUUAUAUAGUGUUAGGGAAUCAGUAUAUGGGUUUUGGAAAGUUAGUUUUGUCGAAAAAUGAAGUGUCAGGUGUGAACGAGGCGUUGAAGUUAAUGAGUGAAGCUUUGGAGUUGUGUGAGAAAGGGUUAAGGAAUGUGAAAAGGAAAGAGGAAACGUUAGGUUUGAAGGAGUUGAGAAUGAAGACGUUGAGAUUCAUGGCGGCGUCACAUUUGCAGAGGGAUGAGUUUGAGAGUGUUUUGAAGUGUGUGAGAGUUUUGAGAGAUGGUGAGAAAGGUGAAGAUCAUCCUAGUUCGAGUGUUUUGGCAAUGAAGGCUUGGUUAGGGUUAGGAAAGUUUGGAGAAGCAGAAAAGGAAUUGAAGAGUAUGGUGGUAAAUAAGGGGAUUCCAGAGGGUGUUUGGGUAUCUGCAAUGGAGUCGUACUUACAGGCCGUGGGCAAUUCUGGGGCGGAGACUACAAUGGGGGUGUUUUUGGGACUUUUGGGGAGGUGUGACGUCAGUGCUGGUGCAGCGAUUAGGGUUGUUCAGAGAAUGUUAGGUGAAUCUUUAAGUGGAGAGGGAGCUAGGGCAAGUGCUAAAUUGGUUGCUGAGUUUGUAUCCAAUGACAAGGUUGUUUCUCUGUUUUCUGGAGAGCUGGUUGCAAAAGAGAGGUCUGGCAUGCAUGCUCUUCUUUGGCACCGUGCAGCAGAUCAUUUCAGGUCCAAGGAUUAUGAGGUCAGUGCAGAAAUGUUUGAGAAGUCUCUACUUUAUGUUCCUCAUGACAUAGAGAACAGAUCUCUUCGGGCGAAGGGCUAUAGAGUAUUGUGCCUUUGUCAUCUAGGCAUCUCCCAACUGGAUAGAGCUCAGGAAUACAUAGAUGAGGCUGCUAAGCUGGAACCUAAUAUUGUUUGUGCUUUCCUGAAGUUCAAGAUCUAUUUGCUAAACAAGGAUCAUAAUGGUGCCAUUACUCAAGUACAAGCAAUGCCAACCUGCACUGACUUCACUCCAGACUUCCUCUCAUUAUCUGCCCAUGAAGCCAUUGCUUGCCGUGCUCUUCCUGUUGCUGUUGACUCUUUAUCCCAUCUUUUGGGCUUCUUUUCCUUGGGAAAACCAAUGCCAACUACAGAAGUCGUAGUUUUUCGAACCCUUAUCACAAUCCUCAUUCAAGAACAUCAAAACGAAACUGAAGUCCUCAAAUACAUGAAAAGGGCCCAUGCACGUUUAAAUGAUAUUGGACCUGAAAGGUUUUUUGGUACAGGCGAAGUUGGAAAAAGGGAAAGAAACUGGUUUGCUUUGAAUUUGUGGAAUAUUGGACUGAAAAGUGGUCAGGAAGCAAAAUACGACUUAUCUGCGGAACUUUUUAAAAUGUGUGCGGAAUAUUAUGGUGUAAGAACUGAAGGACAAUUGGAGGGAAACAAUUUGAUGGUAUGCAAGUCACUGAUAUUAGCAGUGUCUGCCAUGUUAGCUGGUGAAAGGCUAAGUAACAACUCAUUGCUGGAGAAUGAAGUUAAACAAGCCAUUGAGUUGCUAGAAAGAGCCGAAAAGAUACUAAUGUCUGGCUCUACAAAAACCAAUGUAGAUGACGAUCAAACCAACACGAUUGAACCCCAGUUCUAUUUCAUAUACACAUUAAGUGCAUACGAUCUAUACGCAAGACAAAAUGACACCGAAUCAAAGCAACUUCUCUUGAUAAAGAACUACGCCAACUCCAAAUACUGCAACCCAAAUCACCUCCUUCAAAUUGGUCUCAAUGCAUCAGAAGGACCGUGGCCAAACACUGAAGUAGCUACAUUUUGUCUUACUACUUGUAUUUCUUCCCUCCUUUCUUCUUCUUCUCCAGAUUAUCAGACAGUUGCUCUAAUUCUCCGGAAACUAGUUAAUAUCACCAGUGUUCAUAAAGGCAAUGUGCAUGAUGAUGACAACGGUGAUGAUGGACUCUAUGGGAUGUACAAGAAAGCAUACAGGAUCAUGGUGGGACUGAGGGUAGGCGAGUAUCCAGUUGAGGAAGGGAAAUGGCUUGCUAUGACAGCAUGGAACCGAGCAGCUUUGCCGGUAAGGUUGGGGCAAGAAGUGGAGGCAAAGAAAUGGAUGGAUUUGGGGAUGGAGUUGGCGGGCAGGGUUGCAGGCAUGGAUACAUACAAGUCGUGUAUGGAGGACUUUGUUUCCGGGGUUGAAAAGAAAGUCGAGACUCAGGGUUCUUUUAUUGUUGGAAGCUAAAGGUAUCUCUUGUAAUGAAGGUUUAUACAUAGAUAAUAUUUUUCUAGUACUAUAAUGAUACAGGUUUAUACGGUUAAUACUCCAUAAUAGAUAACUGUAUUGGACUUGACUCUCCCGACCUGUUGUUAGCUGUAAAUGUUAACUACAUUGCUCUAAAA